CUUGGGAAUUGAAAUACAAGAUUCCCUUCCACCCCUAAUCUAACGAAUGAUUAAAAAUUUGAAACUGUGAUUUUUUUAUGCAUAUUCAUAUCCCAUCCCGUCAGGAUUAGGGAUUUAUAAUCUGACUUUUCUCAGCAUCAUUCUCACACGCCCCGCUGGACUCUGAAAACCCAGACAAAGCCUGGACUCCAUAAAUUGUCAUUUGCUAUGCAUUCUUUGUCCAAUCCAAGGGUCCUUGUCCGUUUUGACCCUUGCAAUUGGUCCCGGACUAUAUCGUCCCGAGCUAAAUCCUUCUGCUAAUCACAACCACAUAAGUUCAUCCUUUCGAUUCUCCACCAAAUCCCCGUAAAUUAGAUUAGUUUAGAAUAUCGCUCGAUAAAAAGUUCGGAUCCCAGUUCCAUUUGGCAUUCAAAGGGAGGAACUUUGUGAUUAAAAUCACACAGAAGUCGUAAAAUUUAUCACCUGGGAUUCGAUGGUUUCCGAAGGAGUGGAAGAAUCGGGAGGCACGGAGGUGCCCCAGUCGAAAUUCAGGUACAACUCGCCGUUUGUCCAAGUGAGUUUGAUCGGAUUGGUCUGUUUCUGCUGCCCUGGCAUGUUCAUGGCCCUCUCUGGCAUGGGCGGCGGAGGCCAGGUCGACCCGACUGCCUCCAACAACGCCUCCACCGCCCUCUAUACCACCUUCGCCGUCUUCGGAAUUCUCGGCGGCGGCAUCUACAACAUCCUCGGCCCCCGCCUCACUCUCCUCUCCGCCUGCCCCACCUACGUCCUCUACGCCGGCUCAUUCCUCUACUACAACCACCACAAGCACCAGGCUUUCGCUAUUGUCGCCGGAGUAAUCCUCGGAAUCGGCGCCGGCCUCCUCUGGGCAGGCCAAGGCGCCAUCAUGACGUCAUACCCUCCCCCGAACCGAAAGGGGACAUACAUCUCGAUUUUCUGGAGCAUUUUCAACAUGGGUGGCGUCAUCGGUGGACUAAUUCCCUUCGUUCUUAAUUACCACCGGAGCGAAGCGGCUUCCGUCAACGAUGCAACUUACAUUGGGAUAAUGAUUUUCAUGUCCAUCGGGACUCUUUUAUCCCUCUCUAUCCUGCCCGCCAGCAAAGUUGUCCGGGACGACGGGACUAAAUGUACGGACAUUCAGUACUCAAAUGUCACAACUGAGGCCAUUGAGAUUGCCAAGCUGUUUACGAAUUGGAAAAUGCUUCUUAUAAUCCCGGCUGCUUGGUCGGGCAAUUUUUUCUACACCUACCAGUUCAACAACGUCAACCAAAUUAUGUUUAAUCUGAGGACGAGAGGAUUGAACAAUGUGUUCUACUGGGGAGCGCAGAUGUUGGGGUCCAUCGGGAUUGGAUACGUUAUGGAUUUCAGCUUCAAGAGCAGGAGGACGAGGGGUUUCGCUGGCAUUUCAGUAGUUGGUGUUCUCGGGACUACAAUUUGGAUUGGCGGACUUGUCAACCAGCUCAACUACUCUCGCAGUGAUUUGCCUGAGAAGUUGGAUUUUAAGGACUCCGGCUCUGCUUUCGCAGGACCCUUCGUGUUGUAUUUUAGUUUCGGACUGCUUGAUGCCAUGUUCCAGAGCAUGAUUUACUGGGUCAUUGGAGCCUUGGCUGAUAACUCUGAAAUUCUAAGCAGGUAUGUUGGAUUCUACAAAGGAAUACAGAGUGCAGGGGCAGCAGUUGCUUGGCAAGUCGAUACGCUCAAGGCAUCCUUCCUCUCCCAAUUGGUUACCAAUUUCGCGCUCAACACCGUGAGUUAUCCGCUGCUGCUGGUUCUGAUCUUGCUGGCUGUGAAGGAUGAAGGUAAGGCUGAUGUGGAGGAAUUUACCAAGGAGAAGGUUGCUGAGCCUGCAGCCUCAGAGAAGUGAUCAUAAUGAUCGUCGGCUUAAUUAGCAGAUCAAAUUAGUCAUAAGCUCUGAAUAUUUGAUUUAAUUACGUUCAUACAAUCGAAUCUUCACGAAUUAGUGUAAAUUAUGUACCAUGUUCAAAUUGUCAAGUAUUUUACUGAGUAAAUGUUGUAAUGGAGGUACUAUAUUGAAAUAAAAUAGUAGGUGGGGUAUGAAAGUGAAAUGUUUUAAAGAUGUUGUAUAGAGUUGUAAUAGACUUUAAACUUGAGGGGUAACUAUGUAAUUUACCCUAAUAAAUAAUACACCGUUAUUGUGGGAA